UUAUUUGAUAAAUAAAGGUAACAAAAGAAUAUAUACCGGUGUUUGAAAGUCAUACAUCGAGUGGGAAGAACAACACCCGAGUUACAAAACAAAAUCAUAUAGGUCAGAAUGAUAUGAAUUCGAAGAGUUAAGCAGCAUACUAACAUUGAAACGAACGGAGAAUGAUAUGUUUAUAAAAUAUAUGACUGUCAAAAGAUGGUGCUUGAUACUUCUUGUAAUUGUAGAAGAAACAAGAACAAUUAUAACUCAACAAUAAUAUAUCAAUAAUAUUGUAAUUUUGCUAAAAGAUUUUGGGCACACACUGAAGUGUUCAUGUAUUGGUACAUGUGAAAUAGUUUAUCAUUCGAAGGCUGUUUGAAAAGAAAACAUUGAAAAAUGGACAGACGCCGGUUAGUUUUAGGGUUAAUACUUAUCUGGAUACAACACAUUGACUGUGAACUGUUAGAUGACGUCUGUCUCAAAGACGACAUAGAAUGUAAAAGACCAAACAUUAAAACAAUCGGAAACCUACAACAUGGUAAAUGCCGGAAGGAGAACAUUUUACGGCAAUUGCGCGGGAAAAGUCUGCUUGAAUGCGUCAAGGAAUGUUUGGUGACGUCACAGUGUAUUGGUAUAAACUACAGGAAGGCUUGGCCACUUUGUGACGUAGUUGGAAGGUCAAAUGAAGCACUCAGCAAAGAAACCGGGUGUCUGUAUAGCGACAUUUCUACGUGGUCUAAGGAUCUUGCAGGACAUUGUAAAGACAAAAUAUGUGAUCCUGGGAAACAUUGCAAACUAGACGAUACUGGACAGCCAAUCUGUAUACAGUCAUAUUGUGCUGGUGACCCUAUAAUAUCUAACGCGACCAGUACCGAUAGGUUUGGUAUGCAUCGUGAUAUUGGGAAAGGAAACAAAUACGAAUGUGACGAUGGUUACACCAUGACAGGACGUCCUUUCUUAGUUUGUGAGAUGGAUGGUACAUGGACAUCUCUUUUCUGCUGCAUUCCAAAGAAAGGCGUUGUAGAUUGUGGAGACCUACCAAGACAUUGCCCUUCUGGAGUGUACACUACAGUCCACAAGUUUGAUGUUCACUGUGAAAUGGACAUUGCUGGGAGCGGAUGGACUGUAAUACAGAGGCGAACGAAUGGUGUCACCAACUUCAAUCUACUUUGGGAUGAUUACAAACAGGGAUUCGGUAGCCUUACAGCAGAGCACUGGCUUGGUAAUCAACAUUUAGUUUAA